UCAAAUUUAUUCUAUCCGUCAAUCUUUUUACCUCCAUUUUCUUUCUCUCCUAAACCCAAUAUUUCUCUCUUCCUCACUGCAAAACUCUGAUAAAACUCUUAGUCUAACACUCUUUCUCUUUACCUUACCCAUCCCUCUGCAUCAUCAUCAGCUUCUCUCUCAGUUUCUCAGCUUUUCAAACCCUAUUCUUUCUUCUCUUUCUCCUUUUCCCAAUAACUCUUCGUUUUUUUUUUUUUUUUUUAAUCUCUCCUUUUUAGGGUUUCGAAACUAUAUAUAAAAUAGGGUCGUGGUAAGCCAUGGACAUUGACUUCUUAAAGUCUGCAGCGUCCGAUGAUCAAAUGGACAUGAUCAUGAUGAUGCAGAUGGACAAGCUCCCUGACUUUUGUUACACCGACACCGGGGAUCAAUUGCCUGCCAUGGAGUUUCAGGGAGGCGGCAGCAGCAGCGGUGGCACUGUGACACCAUGUGUUGAUAAUCCGCACUUGGUUUCGUCGACGUUCAUGAACCAGCCAGAAUUUGGAGGCGCCGCCACGAUCGGGGAACUGGCGGAGCAUCCAUUUGUGGGUAAUUCUGGGAAGUGGAGAGGUGGCGGAGAGUUCCAGGCUGGCGGCGCUUCUUUUCCGACAGAGUCACAGAAGCGGAGCUCAAUGGCGGCGAUGAGGGAGAUGAUAUUCCGGAUAGCGGCAAUGCAGCCGAUCCACAUUGACCCGGAGUCGGUGAAGCCACCGAAGCGGCGGAACGUGAAGAUUUCGACGGACCCGCAGAGCGUGGCGGCCCGCCACCGGCGGGAAAGAAUAAGCGAGAGGAUGAGAAUUCUCCAGAGACUGGUUCCCGGCGGAACCAAAAUGGAUACCGCCUCCAUGCUGGACGAAGCAAUUCACUACGUCAAGUUCUUGAAAACCCAGGUGCAAUCGCUGGAGCGGGCGGCGGCGAGUCGACCGACAGGAGCCGUCGGGUUCCCGGUGGCGAUGUCGAACGGAAGCUAUCUCCCGCCUGUUAAACGUAUUUACCAACCACCGGCCCACAAUGUUCAUCAGCAAUAUUCGGAUGCUUAAUAAUAACUGUGAUAGACAGAACCAAAUUAAUUAAUCUAUUAGUUAGCUACUACUUCUAGCACAAAUGGUGAUGUCUCUAAGAAGGCUUCGUCUGUAAAACAAAUUAAGGAGACUGGUUCAUCAUUAAUGGCUGUUUUCAUAAUUAGCAUUGUAUUAGUUAUCUUUUCUCUGCUUCUUCAUCAUCAUGAUCUUUGAGCUUGUAAUCCAUGGUGUAUUAAUUGCUACAGAAUAAUUGCAAGCA